AUGACCUCGUCGAUAAACGAUUGGGACAGCGAACCCAAGUUUGGGCUUAUUGUACAUAACUUCACAGAUUCAGAUAGGUCAUCAUUCUCAAGUGACACAGCCAUCCUGAACUCAGCUAGAAGCGUCGUCAAAUCUUCAGCCACAAGUAGAUAUGGAAACGUUUACACGCUGUCUACCUUGCCCCCGCGAGUGCGAGGUUCUCGCGUGCUCGAUAUGAAAGAAUGGGGCACGGCAGUGGAUGACAACGAAAUAUACGAUAUCCAGGAACUCGAAGAAUUCCAUAGUCAUCUUACGCGACAUGAACACAGUGCUUCCUCACCGCCCCGACGGCCGCCUUCUCCUUCGCAAGCCGAGGAACGACCUCGCAAACGGCUAAAAGUUGAAGCAGGAUCCUUAUUUUCGUGGAUUCCCCAACCCCAUAUCCAUACCUCUCCUUACCGUCCAAGAAAUGCGACGGUCACGAUUCACCCAUUCUCAAAAGCUAAGCCGAUUAUUCUACCUCCACAUACGUUCACGGACUUUGAACCUCUGCCUCAAACACGGACUGCUUGGAUUGUUCCUGUUCGAGGUACUCUGCCAUGGGAAGGGAGUUCCCCGGCCGUCACACAUACGUCGUCAGACCCUUCCGACCUAAAGCCAUUUGAUGGUACCAUUUCAGGUAUCAUGUGGAAUAAGUCGUCACUGGUGGAUUUCUGGACGUUCCUUCUUACUUUACGGGACAAGGGCACAUUGGGUUCCAUCGGCAUAUCUUUUCACACCUCUCAUUCUUCGACGAGAUCCUGCACCCAGAUAUCGACCGCUUCCGCCCACAAAGGAUACCAAGGACCCAGCAGGGUUGCCUCGACGGUGGACAAGGAUGCAUCCCAAAACAGCGAACGUUCUUCUUCCUCUUCUCGUUCUAACUAUCGAUCAAUCAUCAAGGAUGUCGACUACAUCAAAAUCUACCAUGAUGGUGCGGUUGCAAUGCGCGUACGAUCGGUCCUUGAUGCCUGGAGAUAUAUCGGUCCUUCCAACGACAAGGUACGGGUCUUGCUGGAAGCCAAGCUAGUUUUGUUGGAUGAACGUGCAAGGGGACUGCUGAUCUGCUGA